GCUCGAACUGUCGAGCGGGCGCGCGCAGAUCCGCGGGCGCGCGCGUUUGCCGUCAGACGCAGCAUCUGCAGGCGCCGUGCUAUGGCGCACCAGCAGACGCAGCGCCAGCAAACGCGCACCAGCGGACGCAGCACCAAGCAGCGCGAUGAAGCGGCCAGCAGAGACCGCAGGACGGCCUGAAGACGAUGGUGGAAGUGAAAAAGUGGGCCACGAAGUUCACCGACGCGGACGGCUGGACCGCCAAGCUUAACGGCCUGUCGUGCCAGGGACAGUCGCCAGCGCCAGAGGACACAGGGUCGGUCGAGGAGCGCUGGUGUUGGAAGCCGCCGCAGAAGGACAAGGACAAGGACAAGGACAAGGACAAGACGCAAGGCCGCAACAACAAGGACAAAAACAAAAACAAGACGCAGGGCCGCAACACGGACAACGACAAUGACAAACACCAGAGCCGCAACAAGGGCCAGACGCAGGACCGCACCAAGCGCAAGACGCAGGGCGGCACCGAACGCAAGACGCAGGGCCGUUGAGGGCCGACGCAGGGCCGCAGCGCACGACGCGUGCAUUUCGGCAUCGCUCGGACGUGCGCGUUUUUCGUCGUCGUCGUCGCCGUCGUCGUCGCCGUCGGG